GCUAAUCCAUUAUAUGCGUCUGAUAGCAACAGUUAUAUUUUCUCAAUCAUGGAAUAGUCCUUGAGCCUUGAGUUUUAAUUGAAAGGCUCUGCAUUAAAUUUGAACAUACACUUCAGGAAGCAUUAUUUUAAAUCAUUCUUACCUAUUUAAUUUAAAAGAAUAAAAUAAUUAUCCUACAUUCAAAAAAGAUGAACGAAUGGCAACGCGAAAAAGAUUCGUCUUACAACACCAAGCUGGAAAUGUGGACAUCAAAAGAAGCUCAACUGAACUUGUUGCACGAAGAGAUGUGAGUAUUCUUAUUUACAGUUUUUCGAAACACACAAAGUUCUUCGAUUUUAUUUCACUUCUUUUAACAUCGUUUAAAUGGAUUAACCAUCAUAUUUGUUUCAGAAUGCUGAAAAAAAAAAAAAAACAACAAAGAGGAAGUUGGGAGGGACGAAUUCAAAUUUAAUUAGAAUUAGAAUUAGUUGUAGACUAGCUCUUCAUAAUCUUUUAUAAAAUAAACCUUAAUAAAGAAAAAUGAAUAAUGCCCAAAUAAAAUAAUAUUUAUAAAAUUUGAAAAAAUCUAUAAUAAUAACAUUUUACUUUAGCCUAAAGUUGCCAUGUAACCGUAUGUAGACCUAAAGUUUAGGCCUACAAAUAGUUAUAUGGUAUGAUUAUCAGCAGAAUAUUUGGAUGAUAGUAAAAGCUUAUGCAUUUAUAGAUGGUUAAACAUCAAAACCAUAUUAAGAAUUGACACUUUGGAGACUUUGACAGUCAGAAUANCCUUUUAUUUUACGGGGCAACCCAUAAAUGAUCUCACACUAAUUGGCUGAUUCCCCCCCCCCCCCCUAAAUAAAAAUUGUCGCAAAUUUUUAACCCAAAUCUGACAAUCUUUCACAAAUGUCACAAAUUAGUGACACCCCCCUCCCCCUAGCUGUGUGAUGUUGUUUUUAGAAAUGGCCCCUAUAAUCUCUAGCUAAAAUUUCCAAUAUUCGUUAAAUUUUCUUUUUCCUUCAGAAUUAACAAGAGAGAGGCAUUGCUUAGGUCAUCGAAAAACUUUUUGCAUAAGGGAUCACAGAAUGAGCUUCCCAUUAGCAAUACAGAUGCUGCCAUAAGAAACGACAAAAUUAUUAAGGUUUGAAAUUUAAAUAUUCCUUUAGAUUCCUUCCAUAAAUUUUGGGUUGGCUGUAUUUCAUAGUUGGUGGGAAAUUAGUCUGAUUGAAGAUUAACAUAAGUAUACUGAUUCCUUGAACAGUUCCACCAUGUUCAAAGCAGUAGCUUAAAUGAAGAUCAAGCAUGGUGGGGCAAUAUUUAUGCCAACUGUUUUCAUUUGGCUGUUAGUUAGUAAAUAGCUAAAGUACUACUACAUGUCAUCCCAGUUUUCUCACAAUCAAAUGACUAAGUAUAAAAAAACAGAGUAACAUGUACGAGGAGAUAUCAAGUAGGUUCUCACAACCCAAACAAAUACAUACAAAUAAGAAAAUUCCCUCAUUAAUGCACGGGGAUACUGUAAGGUUUGACAUCUUUGCCUCAUCAACAAAUGGGUUCAUAAGAAUAUCCCUUGCGCUAUUUUGUGGAGCUUAGCUUUACAAGUCUAUCUCUCUAUGAAUUAAUCAGACUUACUGGUUUUGAAAAACUUAGAAAUAAGAUAAACUCUUUUGGCGCCAACCAUUACAUUAAAAAAGCCAAGGUUGAUAAGCUUUCAGGGGGAAACAAUGGCUGCAUUGAAAUAAGCUAAACUCAAGUUGUCUCCCUGGUUUUUAAAUUUACUUUUGUGUCAAAAUAAAUUUUAGGAUAACCUCUUUUCUCUUAGGAUAUAAAUUCACUUGAAAAGCAGUUAAACCAAAGCCUGACAGAACCUUUAAGUCCAAGAUUUGCCAACCUUCAGGUAAGGGAAUGAGCUCACAAAUAGGUUAAUAAAGGGGAGAUUUUCUUCUUGCUGUCCUCUGUGAUACUACAGUUCAGCUAAGUGCUGUUUUUAAAAAAAAGGAAUUAUGUUUUUACUGUUGUUUGUUUGCUGAUGAAGUCUUCUUUCCAAUACAUUUGUUGCUUUGUUGCAUUAUUUUUUUUUCAGGUUUUCCCACACUUUGUUUCACUUAUUUCCACAAAUAUCAUUGCAUGACAUGAGUUUGUAUUCACUUACUAUCUUUACCAUUGCCAGGAUUAAAAUCCUUAUAAGUUUCCCUGCAAGCAAGGGGUAAAAUUUGUCCUCUGAAGAGAAGAAUUUCUUCUUUUUAAACUUAAAUGUUAGACUAAAGAUUUUAAAAAAAUAUGAUUCAUUUUACAAUAUAACACAUAAAUUACUGUGAAAUGGUUCACAAAAAACUUGAACAAUUUAAGUUGAAAUUGAUUUAAAGUUUAGCUACUCUUAAUUAUGUUGGUCUUCUAAUAAAUAUAACUGUGCCCAAGCUGGUAGGGCCUAUUUUAUAACUUCAUAUUUUCAGUUAACGACAUACGUUUAAUGACUUCCUAUUUUCACUUAAAAACAUACUACUUUAUAAGUUUUUUUCAAUAAAUGACAAGCUGUUUUAUAAAUUCAUUUUUUUCAGUUAAUAACAUUCUAUUAUAUAAGUUUUAUUUUUAGUUAAUGACAACCUAUUUUAUAAGUUAUUAUUUGUUAAAUUUAAUGACAUAAUAUUUUAUAAGUUCUAUUUUCAGUUAAUGACAAGCUAUUUCAUAAGUAUUAUUUUCAGUUAAUCACAUACCAUUUUAUAAGUUCAUAUUUUCAGUUAAUGGCACACUAUACUAUUAUGCUAAAUUAAAUUUUUUGAUUUUUUAUAAAAUAUUUAUAGUUUUUUUCCAGCAGUGUGUUUCUCAUUCAUGGUUAUAUUUUUCCUUCCACAGGCGAACUAUUGGUCCAUGGUAAAUAACAUGUUCCCUAUCUGGAAGAAAUCUUUGGAUGAACUAUAAGAAGAACACAUUAUUCAAGACACAGCUUACUUAUUAAGUUCUAAUUUUAAAGCAACUGUGAUAUUUUGUUGAAGCAAUAUGUAUUUUGUAAGUGUCCGUAUAAUAAACAUAGACCAGAAUGAAGAUUGAAAGACAUAAAGCACAUAACAUAAUUUUUUAGACAAAAUGAUAGUCAGGUAGAGCAGGCAAGAAUGAGCUUGUGAGCAAAUGGCUCCUUCCGAAAACUUUUAAAUAUGUAUGUGUGCAUUAUUUGGAUUUAAUUUAUUACUUGGAAUUAAACGGCCACUUUUCCAACUUUUAUCUUGAGCUGCCGCUGGUUGAAGAUGUGUGAGUUCUUCCCCGCUUCUUCCAUAUGGAGCUUUGUAUUAUUAGAAGCUACAAAUGGGUUAUAGUACUGAUGUUGGAUCUGAUUGGUAAUAGUACUGAUCUAGGAUCUGAUUGGUAAUAGCACUGAUGUAGGAUCUGAUUGGUAAUAGUAGUGAUGUAGGAUCUGAUUGGUAAUAGCACUGAUGUAGGAUCUGAUUGGUAAUAGCACUGAUGUAGGAUCUGAUUUGUAAUAGCACUGAUGUAGGAUCUGAUUGGUAAUAGCACUGAUGUAGGAUCUGAUUGGUAAUAGCACUGAUGUAGGAUCUGAUUGGUAAUAGCACUGAUGUAGGAUCUGAUUGGUAAUAGUACUGAUGUAGGAUCUGAUUGGUAAUAGCACUGAUGUAGGAUCUGAUUGGUAAUA